AGUCUCAGUUUUUGUGUUUUGUGUUUGGGUUAAAAAAGGUGGACAGCACAAUUAGUCAUCUCCAUAAAAUUAGUCAUCGCUUUAAUUGUUAUCAUUUCAUUCUCGGCAUUAAACAUUUAAAUCGUAGUCUUAUGUCCAAGCGCAAAGCGGACGGCGCCGAUAUUGAAAUGGCUGCCCCAGCAGGGAAAACUGUCCCGGAUGAUUUUGCGAUUAGUCUGGAGACACCGGCUGAGGACUACAAAAAGCUAAUGGAGACGCACGUUCAGAUUGAUGAAAUUGUCGAUGAUAAAGUCACUGAGCAAAAUUUUGAUCGCAUUGGACAGUCGGCUCGUGACGUCAUCUGGAAAUUGCUAUUUAAUAGCAGCCAAAAUACCACUGAGGCACAAUCAAAAGCCGAAGAAUUGUUGGAUAAAUACAAGUCCGAUGCAUGCUUCUAUGCCCCGUGGCCGUAUAAUGAAUGGAUUAUCAAGUUGCGGGAUGAAGUACUCAAGGAGAAUCUCCUAGAAUUUUGGAAGGAUAGCAUAGUUAAGAAACAAUUGGGUCCCUGCUGGUCGGGGGAUUCGGAUCUAUUCGAUGCCGAUGAUUUGCCUCCCACGGAGUUUUAUGCCAAAGCUGGUUGCGUGGCGCCAUUUGCCGAUAGUUUAGGUAGAUCCUCCAGUGCAACAGCCGCCAACGCAGAGGACUUUGUAAUUGGUUUGGAGCAACCUCUGAAAGACUAUCAGAAACUCAUCGAGACCCGCGUCCAAAUGGAUGAAAUUGUUGAUGAUGCCAUCACACAGGGUAACUUUGAACGCAUUGGUCAGGCGGCACGUGAUGUUGUCUGGAAAUUGUUGUUCGAUACGGAAGAAAACAAACCUGAGGCCCAAUCCAAAGCCGAGGAAUUGCUGGAGGAGUAUAGGACUGAUGCAUGCUUCUAUGCCCCGUGGCCGUACAACGAAUGGAUUGUCAAGUUGCGGGAUGAACUACUGAAAGAGAAUCUUUUAGAUUUCUGGAAGGAUAGCAUAGUAAAAAAGCAAAUGGGUCCAUGCUGGUCAAGGGACUCGGAUCUAUUUGAUGCGGAUGAUACACCACCGGUGGAAUUUUAUGCCAAGGCCGGAUGUGUGGCCCCAUUUGCGGCAAGUUUACGAGUUCGCGGUGAGGUCCAUGACGAAGAAGGACAUGAAAAUGCCGAAGAUGAGGAAAUGGCAAAUGAGGAGGAUAAUCUUGCAGCUAGCACAGGAAAUUUCGAAGUCGCAAUUAGCAAGGAAACACCAUUGGCCGACUAUCGUGACCUAAUGAAACGUUUCGUUCUCACAAAAAUCAUCGUACCCGAUGAUAUUCAUGAAAGCAAUGUCAAUAAAAUAGCCAAAGGCACUCAGGAAAUCAUUUGGCAAUUGCUCUUUGAGAACCCAAACCCAAGCCAAGAGGAUAUGGAUACGAUAUCCGAAUUGCUGCAAGAAUAUAGAUCCGAUGCUAGCUUCUAUGGUCCAUGGAGUUAUAAUGAAUGGAUUGUCAAGCUACGUGAUGAAUUAUUGAAUAAAGAACUAAUCCAAUUUUGGCGCGAAAAAAUUGUGGAAUACGAAUUGGGUCCAAUCUGUAAUCGCGAUUCUGAUUUCUUUGAUGAUGAUGAUCCUUUACCUUUGGAAUAUUAUAAUAAAGCUGGCUGCAAGGCUCCCUUUGAUCCCUCAGCAGCCAAUGAUUUGAAUUAAAAACCUAAAAAUCUCUCUAAAAAUAAGUUAUAUGUAAUUUCACAUAUUAUUGCGGAAUAAAAAAAAAACACAUGUGUUUAUAGUUUUGAAA